AAUUUUUUCUUAUUUGAUUAAUUUAUCAAGUAAAUGUAACAUAAAUAGUAUCACAAUGUUUAAGAUAAUUGACUAAAAUUUACAAAUGUUUAACAAAAAAAUAUGAACCGAGUUGAUAAAAUUUAAUUUAUUAAUUGGUAUAUUAAAAUUAUGUGGACUAUAUUUUCUAGAGAUUCUUCGAAAGACUUUCCUUUUGAAAUCAUUGGAUCUUUAAACUAUCGAUUUAAUGAAAAAAGUUUAUGGAAAUUAAAUAAAGGGAAAAAAAAGGGUACUAAUAAUGAUGUGUCAAUUUUCGAAUUUUCAAUUCAUGAUGAUAUUCCUGGAGGAGAAACACGUUCACUUCUUUCAAAAUGUGGAGUUAAACACUUAAAAACUUUAAAACAUCCUAAUAUUCUUACAUUCUUAGAAAGUGUUGAAGUUAAAACUUCUAUAUAUUUAGCGACUGAGUAUGUUGAACCACUGGAAUCAUUUAUUUCAUCUCAGAGUGACUUGCAAGCAUUAAUUAUGAAGCAGUAUGUUGCUUGGGGCAUUUCUAAUAUAAUAGAAGGUUUAAAAUUUUUGAAUUUUGAAGCAAAAUUAUGUCAUAACAAAGUUUGUAUUUGGUCAAUUUUUGUUAAUAAAGCUGGACAAUGGAAGUUAGGUGAAAUGGAAUGUAUGAACACAGUUGAUAAUUCUCCUCCGCCUUUUAUUUUGGACUUAUACCGGGUUCCUGGAAAUCGGCAAUCACCCUUUUCUAUUGAUGUAUGGGGUUUAGGUGUUCUUAUUUGGGAAAUUUUUAAUGGACCUUUAUCACAUCAGUCUGAUUUAAAGGAUACAACUAAAAUUCCAAAAGAGGUCAUAAAAAUUUAUUCAAAACUGAUAGCAAUAGAACCUAUGGGUCGUCCAUCAUAUGAUAACAUUAUAAAAGUACUUCAAGACCAAGGGUAUUUUGGCAAUGAUUUAGAAAAAACCAUGACUGCUUUAAAUCAAUAUCAUUUAUUAGAUGAUAUAAAUAGAGCAUCAUUACUAGAGAAAUUACCCAGUAUGCUAGAAAAUUUUCCAAAAAAUAUUGCCCAAUUUAAUGUACUUCCAAACCUUCUUGAAAUGUUUAAAUAUGUUAAAGAGCAAAAAGUUAUAUUUCCUUCAAUGUUAAAGUUAAGUAUAAUGCUUGAAGAUCUAGAGUUCGAAGAAAAAAUAGUACCAUGCAUAAUUAAAUUAUAUGAAUCUAAUGAUCGUUCUACUAGAGUUAUGUUAUUGAAUCAUAUUGAACUUUAUGCUAGUCGAUUAAAAUCUGAUGUCCUAAAUACAAAUAUAUUUCCAUUAUUAGUAAGUGGAUUAGCAGAUGCAAGUCCUACUAUUAGAGAGCUAACUGUUAGAAGCAUGAUCCACAUUGCUUCAAAAUUGAAUCACAAUAAUUUAAAUGUUGAAUUAAUGAGACACUUUGCAAGAUUACAAAUGAAAGAUGACCAAGGUAGUAUAAGAACCAAUACUACUGUAUGUUUAGGAAAAAUUGCUCAACAUUUGGAUCCAAAAAUUAGGAGCAAAAUACUUGCAUCUGCAUUUUCUCGAGCACUUAAAGAUCCUUUUCCUCCAUCUAGAAUAGCAGGUGUAUCGGCAUUUUCUGCAACACAACAAUAUUAUCCUCUAAUUGAGGUAUCUAGUCGUGUAUUGCCAACAUUAUGUCUUAUUACGUUAGAUCCCGAGAAAAAUGUGAGGGACAUAGUUUUUCAAACAAUCAAAGGAUUUUUGGGUAAACUUGAAAAUGUUUCAGAAGAUGAAAGGCUUAAAGAAAAAAUUGAUGAAGAAAUUUCUACAAAUACAGUUCCUGCAGUUUCUUCGUGGGCUGGUUGGGCUGUAAACACUGUUACAUCCAAGUUUUAUUUAGCUUCUAAAAAUCUCCAAAAAGAUGAUAAACUAUCUGAACAUCCCAAAGGAAAUUCUAGUAGUUUAGGAAAUGGUCAGAGUAAGAUUUCAAAUAAUUUACUGUCAAGUAAAACUAAUAAGGUGGAAACUGCGAUAAUAGAAAAACAGACAGAAAAUAUGCAAAUGCAGGUGAACGAUGAUGAUAGUUUUCACGGAAACACUAGCCUAUCCAAUAGUUGGGAUGAUAACUCUGGAUGGGAUGUUGGAGAUGAUUGGGAAAGUAUUGGUGCUAAUAGUUUGCGAUCUGAAAAAAAUAAGGAUGAUUUUAGUUGGGACAAUCAAGAUUUAGUAAAGUUUGAACUUUCUCCAAACAACACAAAAUCUAUAGAAGAUACUACAAGAGAAGAAGUGCGUAAAAAACGAGAAGAUAGAAAGCAAGAACGUUUAAAACAGAUAGAAUUAAAAAGAAGUAAUAAACAAUCGCUUAAAUUGGGUGCUAAAAAGUUGUAAUUACAUUACAUUGAAACUAUUAUUUUAAUAUUUUUGUUACAUAUAUAUAUAUAUAUAUAUUAUUUGGCUCAUUUUGUUUUCCUAUGACAAAACUUAUAAUUUGUAAAAUUAUUUAAAAUGUAUCUCAUAAUAUUCGUUUAAUGCAAGUUUAUAUAUAUUUUUUAUUUUUUUUUUUUUAGCUUUCAAAAGUUUA